ACAAUUAACUCUACUAUUAUUUUUUACCCAAUCAUUUGGCCGUGGGACAAGAAGGGGCAAAGAGGAAAAGUGGCCGUUGCUUGCUGGGCCCCGAAUUUAGUUUUUAAAUAACCAACCCCGAUAUGCCGCUUGGUGGGCCCCGCUGCUUGUCCUGGUUCGGCAGCCCCAUCCUGCACACGUGUCGCUGUCUGGGUGAUGGGAGGGUUGUCAACCCGAUCGCUUCCUCCUCCGUGAAUCGUCGUCGAUGGAUGAGCGGCCGAAUCCCUCGCCGAUCUUCAGCAAGGGCAUCUUCACUGAUCGUUUCGAGCUAAACAAGAGAAGAAAACUAACGAGUGAUCUUGAGAAUUCACCUUUGCCAUUUCCUAAGCACAAGUUUGGAGAUCGGUGUAGGAGCUGUGAUCCUGCAGGGACCAAUGAGACAAACGAUGCCUCUAACUGGAUCUGUGUGACGGCUACUGAAGAACCGGGGGAUGAUGGAUCAGAAGAUCCUGAAGAAUCUCACCCCGAUAGUAACAGUGUAAGCGAAGGCUAUGACACUAGCCACACCACCAUGACACUAGACCUUGACUUAGCUGAGGAGUCAUCCGAGAGAAUGAAUUUGAAUUCACCCUCCACGUCUAGUUUGAAGAACAUUGACCCAAACGACCUCGAUUCUUUUGCCAAACAACUUGAAUCAGUCUACAGAUGGAUAGAGGGGCAGCUUCCUGAACCUGAGGGCGAUGCUGGAAUCGAGGAUUUCUUCAUCUAUUCUAAUGAUGUCGCACCACAUGCCUUCAUAGUUUCAUCCCAAAGAUUGCUAGAUGGACAAGAUUCUCGAUCAAGGACAAGGAAACCACGGAUCGAUGAAGAAUUUGAGCAAUAUUUUUCGAUGCUGAUGCUCUAGCAUGGAUGUUUUUUUCUUGAAUAAGCAGGAUGUUGUAACCUUUAGAGUGGCAUUGUCAUCAUGU